CUUUACACCACAAAUGCACAGUCUAGUUAAUCAUUCUACAAUGGGACGACGAAGAAACCGCUUCUUAAAACGUAGGGUCGGCCCUAUACACUGUAAAUAUUAAACAUAGUUGAUAAUCGAAAACGAAAUUUGGCGAACAGGUUAACGUAAAUUAAAAAUGACAAAAGAAAGCGAGAUAACUCCAGGUAAAUGUUUUACCAGACUUGUAUCCCAAUUCAUGGGGAAUGGUCGGCGUUUUCUCAUUUCAAUUAGUAGCGCCCCCUCCCUCCUCAACAUUCCAUCGUCAUAAAGUUUGGAUAUGAACCACCACAACCAAAUGCAAUGUUUCCACUUUGGUUAAUAAGAACGACGCCCUAUGUUCCAUUGUCGUAGCCAGGUGGAUGGAACUGUAUGGAUAGCAAAAAAUGAAUUUUAGACGGUGGAACUGGAUCAUAUUAUGCACAUUCAUUCGACACGCGUAACGUUAUUCAGAUGCGCGGGAAAACGUUUCUCUUUAAUGGAAACACGUUGCCAGAUAUUUGGUUAAAGCUGCAAUGAACUCAGAGCAUGUGGUCCCGCCAUUGAGACAGCGCUUGUCCCUUUAAUUCUGCCUUCCAUCACCUCGCUACCUGAAGCAGCCCUUUCCCAAUCACAUGACGCCGUAAGUGCGUACGCGCCGCGACUGAGAGGGAAGAUGGCGGACGUGGAGGGAGAGACGCAGCUCGACCGGGGAGAUCGGCCCCACAACGCGGCGGCGGACUCGCCUGUCGCCAUGGACAGUCUCCUGACCACUCUGCGAGGGCUGGAGGUCGAACUGCGACAACGGGACAUUUCCGAAACUUCGUCCAGCGACUAUUGCAACAACUUCUGCCAGGCGCUGAUGCACUAUGCGGGCAGCAGGAACUCCAUCGAGCACGGCCUGCCCCUGCUGGAGGUCUACUGCCUGUCCAUCACCUGCUUCGUGGCGGCCCGCCCCCACCUGACCACCGAGUCCGACAAGGUGGCCCUGGUCCUGAAGAGGCUGGCUCUGAGCUGUUUUGAGCUCUUACUUUCUGUGCCUGAGAACGCCAUCCCUUAUGAAGCCUGGAUGCAGUUUCACAGAUCUGUACAGGCGGCCCACGAUACCUUGCAGCAGUACGGGAGCACCGACCUGCUGGCUCUGCUGAGGAUCUUGGGAGAGGGCGGAGCCUGGAGUAACCCCGCCCUGAUUGCGCUGCUCACCGGUCAACCCACCAAUCCAGAGGAGGUGGACGCGUUCCUGGCGCUGGAGGGGGACAGCUUCAUGGAGAUGCGGGUGAAGCACCUGGUGAAGAUGGGGGAGAUGGCCCAGGCCAUGGUCCUGGCCAAGGCCUGCGCCGACUGCGGCCACAUCGCCAACCGCACCACCUUCCGCCAGAUCUACGUCACGCAGCUGUGCGACGUGCUGCCCAGCGAGGAGGCCAUCAUGGAGAUCUCCAGAGUGGACGGAAAGGAGGUGCUGGAGAUCAUCUGUAACCUGGAGACGGAGGGGCAGGAGAACCUGGCCUUCAUCCUCUGCACCACCUUCCUCACCCAGCAGCUCCAGCAAGAGAGCAUCUACUGCUCCUGGGAGCUGACCCUGUUCUGGAGCAAGCUCCAGAGGAGGAUAGAGCCGUCUCUGGAGUCCUUCCUGGAGCACUGCCUGCAGCUGGGCGCCAUCGCCAGGACCGUCUACCACCUGCUCUUCCUGGUGCGCGUCAUCCAGACCGAGGCGGAGCAGCUGGGCGUGGCCGCGUCGGUGGAGCUCUGCGUCCGCGCCCUGCAGCUCCCCCGCCUGGAGGACCCCGAGACCAAGACGUCCGUCUGCAAGACGGUGGCCUGCCUGCUGCCGGACGACCUGGAGGUGCGGCGGGCCUGCCAGCUGACCGAGUUCCUCCUGUGCACCUCGCAGGCGGCCUACGCCUCCCUGGAGGAGCUGCACCUCCGCCCGGACCAGCGGCAGGAGGAGCACCCGGCGCCGGUGCCCAACAGCCUGCGCUGCGAGCUCCUGCUGGCCCUCAAGGCCCACUGGCCCUUCGACCCCGAGUUCUGGGACUGGAAGACGCUGAAGCGACACUGCCUGCGCCUCCUGGGGGUCGAACCCGAGCCCGAGCCCGAGCCCGAGGAGGAGGAGGAGGAAGGGCCGGCGGUCGAUGGGGGAGGAGCAGGAGUAUGCAGGGAGAUGGGUCGGCGCGUCACGCAGGAGGAGGAGGUGCAGGAGGUGGAGGUGAAAGAGGAGCCGCGCGGAGACGCCGUGGCGAGGAGGGAGGAGCCCGGCAGGUCGAGGGCCGCUGCCGCCGGCGAGGCGAAGGAGGCGAAGAAGCGCGCCCAGGGGGAGGACAAGGAGGCGGCGGGCGCCCCGAAGGCCACGCCCCCCAAGAAGGCGGCCCCCGGCACCUCGGAGCGCUACCUGCGCUGGCAGAAGUACAAGUUCUUCUGCCUGAUCUGCCGGCUGGAGGUGAUCGAGGCGCGCAUCCUGCACCACUCGCGCAAGCACGUGCAGGGCGGCGUCUACACCUGCCCCGUGUGCCUGCGCAAGUUCCGCGCCCGCCAGGAGUUCGCCGCGCACACCAGCGAGCACGUCCAGAUGCCCGCGCGCCGGCGCCCGCCGCAGAGGAAGAGGAAGGCGGUGAAGAGGAGGGCGAACCCGCGCAGGGGGCUGGACGAGGAGGAGGAGGAGGAGGAGGACGAGGAGGAGGAGGAGGAGGACGAGCUGGACGACGCCCUGGAGCCCGGCGAGAUCGGCCUGGACCCGUCGCUGCUCAUGUACUACCGGUCCACGCGGGACCCGGACGUGCUGGAGCACCUGCUGGAGCAGGCCGCCGCCCUGCCCCGGCCCAGGAGGCCCGCCCCCGCCGACGACGACCACGUCACCUUCGAGUACAUCGACGCCCACUUCCAGCUGCAGGACCGCGAGGUGUACCCCUGCCCCGCCACGGGCUGCGCCAAGAACUUCCGGCAGUUCAAGUACCUGAGCGUGCACCUGAAGGCGGAGCACGGCGGCGGCCACGGCGACGAGAACGCGCGCCACUACCUGGCCAUGAAGGACCGGCGGGAGAAGUGCACCUUCUGCCGCCGCCACUUCGUCACCGCCUACCACCACCGGCGGCACCGGCGGGCGCACCGCGGCGAGCGGCCGUACACGUGCGCGGUGGCGGGCUGCGGCGCCCGCUUCGACACCACCAACCAGCUGCUGAGCCACAAGCAGGGCCACGGCUUCCGGCUCAGCUACCGCUGCCAGCUGCGCGGCUGCAGCCUGGCGUUCUGCGACCUGGGCCAGCUCUACCACCACGAGGCGCAGCACUUCCGCGACGCCGCCUACUGCUGCACGGCCGCCGGCUGCAAGAAGUUCUACUACUCCAAGCGCGACUUCCUGCGCCACCUGGCCUCGCACGGCAUCGCCUUCAGCGAGCAGGACUUCGCCGCCCAGCGCGAGGAGCGGAGGAGGCCGCCGGACCCGUUCGCCGACGAGCCGGCCGGCGCCAGGAAGGGCGUCCCGGAGGAGCCGCCCGGGCGAAGGAGCGGGGACGCGGGCCUCGGGGCGUGCUCCCCUGCGACUGGUACCGCCGUCACCACCGCGUCCUCCUCUUCCUCCCCCUCCUCCUCCUCCUCCCUGAAGGAGCCGCGGGGCACGCUCACCUGCGUGGCGGUCUGCUUCGACGGCAGGAAGUUCACCUGCGGCUUCGAGAGCUGCGGCCGCACCUUCGCGCAGGCCAGCGAGGUCCAGAGGCACCUGAGGUGCGCGCACCCGGGACAGAUGGAAGCGGAGAGGAGGGGGCCCAAACGGCCGGGCAAGGCCAGGGGCCCGAGGACGAGGGAGAGGGACGUCAAAAUCGAGCCGGGGGGCGCCGACAAGAGCCCGCAGGGACCCGGCUGCCCCCCCGCCCAGGGCGUGGGCCGGGAGGGGUCCUGCUCGCCCGCUGCAGAACCCCACAAACCCCUCGUCCCGCCCCCGUCGAGCCCGCCGCCGAUCGAGGACUCCCUAAAGGACGUGCUGCUGGGCCUCGGGCGGCUCAGCCUGCGGGCCGCCAGCCCCCGGAGCUCGCCGUGCCAUCCUCGCCAGCCUAUCUCAGGGUCUUCCGUCACGCCGGUGUCUUUGCCCCCCGCCUCGAGUGCCGGCGCCAGCCCCGCCCCCGCCGCCAGGGCGUCGCGGAAGAAGGCUGCGCCCAAACCCGCGCCCGCCGCCGCAGAGAAGCGGGCGCCGUCGCCGCCGCCGCCGCCGCCGCCCUCUCCGCCCCCCUCCCCCUCGCCGCCCUCGUCCCCCGAGCGGCCCCCGGCGACCCGGCGGAUUUCGGACUUCCUGGUGCAGCCGUCCACCAAGCCGUACGGCUGCGAGGUCAGGGGCUGCGCGUUCAAGAGCGUGACCAGCAACGCCCUGAAGGGCCACUACCUGCGCAAGCACGGCUUCUCGCGCGAGCGCGUCAAGGGCAUCGCCGUCUUCCGGUCCAACGCCUUCAAGCCCUUCCGCUGCCACCUGUGCCCCCGGUGCUACCGGCAGAAGUCGGAGCUGCGGCUGCACUACAUGCAGGUGCACCAGGUCAGCGAGUCGCUGGUGGAGCAGAUGAGCUGCUCCUCCAGGAGGCGCGAGGAGGGCAAGGCGCCCGAGCCGCCCGCCCGGGCCAGGCCCGGCGCCGGCGCCAGGCAGGGCCACCUGCCGCAGAGGAGGCAGGCGGGCAAGACGCCGCCGCCGCCGCCGCCGAAGGAAGAGCGGCGGGCCGCGAGCGCCUGGCGGCGGCAGAAGAGGCCCAAGGAGAAGGGCGGCAUCUGGAUGCUGCAGUCGGAGCGCGAGAACGGCGUCGUCAGGCCGGGCGACAAGGGCAGGAAGACCGGCGCCAAGCCCGCCGCCGCCAAGCCCGCCCCCCCGGCCCUGCGGGACCACCGGGGGGCGCAGGAGGAGGAGGAGGGGGAGGAGGAGGAGGAGCGGGCCUCUCGAGGGGAGGGGAGGGGCAGCCGGCGGCUGGUGGCGAAGGGGAACCUGUGCUACAUCCUCACCAAGUACCACAAGCCCUACCACUGCGUGCACAAGGACUGCGGCUCGGCCUUCACCCGCCAGAGCGGCCUGGUGCGCCACCUGCAGGCCGUGCACCGCUACAACCGCGCCCAGCUGUGCCUGGAGGAGGACCUGGAGCUCCGGCGCGGCGCCGGGGUCCGGAAGGCGGACGCCGCCGCCGCGUCGGCGAAGCCCCAGCGCCUGCACUGCCAGCACAAGGGCUGCGGCAAGCACUUCCACAACAGCUCCGGCCUGUGGCAGCACCGGCGCCGGCAGCACGGCGACAAGCCGCCGCCGCCGUCGCCCCCGGAGACGCCCCCCAGGGUCCCCGGACGCGGGGCGGAGCCCGCCACCCCGCCCAGCUCCGAGGAGCCCAUCCCGCAGUUCCGCUGCAGCUACGGCGACUGCGCCGCCACCUACCACCUGUACAGCAGCCUGCUGCGGCACACCAGCCACGUGCACCGCGGCCAGCCGCCACAGGGGGCGCCGGCUCCCCCGCAGCAGCAGCAGCAGCAGCAGGUGCGCUGCAGGUUCGAGGGCUGCACGCGAGUCUUCUCGCAGAACUCCAGCUACAUGAAGCACGUCUUCUACCGGCACUGCGACUACUACGACUCGGUGGUGCUGCGGCUGCAGAACGCGCACAAGAGGGACGCGUCGGCCAGCGGCUGCCAGAAGAAGCUGAUCAUCAGUGCCGCGCUGAAGAAGAAGCAGCAGCAGCCGCCGCCGCCGCCGCUGAAGAACACGCCCAAGCUACCUCUCAGGCACUCGCUGAGACGCUGCCCCAAGUCUCAGGAGGCCCUCAGGGCGGAGGAAGAGGAGGAGGAGGAGGAAGAGGAGGAGGGCACGGGGGAGAACACGGAGGAAGAACCCAUGGAGGAGGAAGUCCCGAAAGCCCCCCGCCUCCGGAAGAGGGACCUGAAGCUGGUGUACCGCACGCAGGAGGAGGCGCUGCAGAUGUGCCAGGACCGCUGCCUGCCCGUGGCCUACCCCUGCAUGGUGCAGGGCUGCGACUCGGUGCUGACCGUGGAGAGCAGCAUGCGCCGCCACUACCUGACCUGCCACCGCAUGCCCUGCCACGUCUUCGCCUCCAGCCAGGGGGCGCUGGUGAACACGGCCGAGCGGCUGGAGGAGCUGAUCCAGAGGAGGUCGGCGCUCUCCUCCGCGGCGCGCUCGCCCCACGGCGUGCUCAAGGUGGAGUACCAGGCCGAGCCGGAGAACCCGGGGGGCCUGUCGCUCCCCAUGAGCCUUCACUCCGUCGAGGAGGACCCCCCGGGCGCGCCCGGGCCCCCCGGUCCCGGCGGGGAGGAGUCGGCGGCCGAGAGCGACGCCACCGUGGGCGCCGACGACCUGCUGCCAAGAAACGGUCGCCGUGGAGACCCGGCGGAGGACCAGCAGCCCCCGCUCGCCCGGAGCCCGCACACCCCAGCGCCCUCCUCGGUCCCGGCCCCCGUCGACCUCUCCCCGCCCGCCACUCUCCGCUUCACCCCGGACGAGCCCCCGACGGACCCUCCUGACCGAGAGUGCGGGCGCACGGGGUCCAGCGCUAGCGCUGACGCUGACAGCCCCGACGCCCCGACCUGCUCGCCGCUCAAGUGCAAGAGCGAGCCGCCCGAGGCCCCGCCCCCGCGCCAGCCAGUCCCGUCGCCGGCCCACGCCCCCCCGCCGCGCCCCUUCGACCUGGCGGCCUACAAGCCCAUGGGCUUCGAGUCGUCCUUCCUGAAGUUCAUCCAGGAGAACCAAAACAAGGAGGAGCAGUUCGGGGAGGGCGGGGCCUGGGGUUCCCACCUCCACCAUCACCACCACCGCCACCACCGCCGCCACCGCAACCGUCACCGGGCGGCCGCCGAGCCCCCGGCGACGGCGUCGUCGCCGCGGCGAUGCCGGGACCCCCGCCGCCGCGGCCGCUCCGUCAAGGAGAACAGCCGGCGGGGGCUGACGGUGACCGUGACCCGCAGCCGCCGGCUCCGCCCCUCGCCCCUGGAGCCCCUCCUCUGCGCCGGGGAGUACGCCUCGGUGCAGAACCUGCGCUCCAUCCUGGACCGCGCCCUGACCGGCUGCGGGGACCUGGCCAUCAAGCAGCUGCAGUACCUCAGGCCCGUGGUGGUCCUGGAGCGGUCCAAGUUCUCCGCCUCGUCCCUGCUCGACCUGUUCCCCGCCAAAAAGACCGAGAAGCUGGUCCUCCGCGCCAGUUCCUAACUCCUCCUCGCCCGAACUAUUUAGCCUAUGAACAAUGUUUUUUUUUUUUGUUUUUUUUGCGUGUCAAACAUUAAGAGACUUCCAGUAUUUUUUUCUAUUGUUACUACUAUGGUGGUUUAUUAUUAUUAUUAUUAUUAUUGUUAUUGCUCUUAUAAAUUGCCAAACUUUCGAAAAGCUCAAGUACCUUAAUUGAAAUAUAGCAGGUAUAAGUUUAUACAUGUAUAGAAAGAUGAAAGAUCUACUAACAGAUGUUUUGUAGAAGUUUUAAUUAUCAGUGCUGCCCUGUACAUUUCCUUGGUAUGAAAAAUGGGUCAACUUUUCCUGAAUCAGUAUCGUUAUGCUCAUGUUCUGGGCGUUUGUGUUUUUUUUUGGGGGGGCGGGGGUUUCUAAAGUAUCGGUUACCGUGCGGGUGACUGAAGCGUUGCCCCGUUUGUUGGAGCUCUUAAUGGCUAAUUCAGACGUUAUACAUCCCCCUAAAAAACUAGAGGCGGUGGUUAUAUCUUUAAUGUACUCACUUUUCUAAGUAUGUAUUUGAGUAAAAAUUACUCCACUUUCAAAUAUAUUAUGAGUUAAAACGACUCCCCCCCUGUGUACUUUGUGGGAUGUUUUGCGUAUUUGUUUUUCUAGCCAAUAUGAAGUGUUCUUUUUUAUCUUGGGUGGAUAAACCUCUGGUGGUAAAUUUCUAAAGUUUGAUAUGUUGUAUAGUGUGCUGAACAUAAGUCUUGAUGUUUCCAAAGACCCAGUCAGCAUUUCUAAGCCUUCCCCCCUCCCUCCCCCGUGGUUGAGUUUGACUGGUCUAAAGCCAGUCCUGAACCACCACGUUUCGGCUAUAAGAGGGCUACUGUUGGCAAAAGGAAAUGUUUCGCAGCCAAAGUGUAUUCACCAUACUCAAAACUUAGAAUUUACACAUGACAGAAACACGGUCUCUCUAAACAGAUCAAGACACCCAUGUGACCUACGAGGUGUUUAUCAUUGGUCACGCCGCACUUAAAACAGCAAAUCAUACAGCAUAUCAAAUUAUAGAACGCCUCUUUUUUUAAGUCAAGCUUAAUAUGUUUUUUUUUUGUGUAACAUUUUUAUAUCCUUAUUUUUCACGCCAUACUUUUCAGAAGGUGACUUUUUUUUGCAGAAGGACCUUUAACAUUAACCCAUAGCAGUAUACACAGAGGUGCUGCAUUGGUACUUUAAUAUGAACUAGAAAACACCUGUCAGUAGACCCACGCAUAGAUAAGAGCUUUCAUAGAAGAUUUGUAAAUGGAUUGUCAGCAAAAAAAAAAACCAAGUUUUUGUCUUUUUUGUUUUGUUUUGUUUUGUUUUCCACAAACAAGUUCAAAUAAACGAUUCAGUGAAAUGGUGCUAAACUAAAACACUCAAUUGCAUGGUUUUAUACAAUUUUUUUGUCACGGUCGGCUUGGCUGUGUCUGAAAGGACAGGUCGGGUGUCUUUGCACGCCCAGAAGAAAAAAGGCAUAAUUAUAACUCUGGCUGUAUUAAUGGAGGCCAUCUUUAUACCAGACUUGUGUACUUUUCAAAAAGGAUUUUUAUUCCAGCGUUACAAACGAUUAAACUUGGACAAAAGUGUUGCUUUUCAUUUUUGGAGAAAUGAAUUUUAUUUCAUGGGCAUUUACAGCAUUCGUGGGAUGGUUUAUUCAGUGAAAACGAAGGUGAAACAGCCAUUUUCUUUAAGAGCAGAAACCAUAAAGUGAGCUACUGCAGAGCUUGUGGAGAGAGAAGGGGCCUUCUACGGUCUCUUGGUACAUAAAGAACAACAAGACCAGCUUAACACAUUAUCAUGCACCGGUUACGUGCGAUACAGAGGCAACAUGGACCUUUACAGGAAUGUGUGAAUGUGUUAACAUUAAAUAUAUUGAGUGUGUGUGCGUGCGUGCUUGCCUGCCCUGUUUUUUGUUUUUUUUUCCACCCCAUGUUUAAGAAUGCUGAACUCACCCCCACAUGGUGAUGGCAGAAAUAUUGUUGUGGCUGUUUCAUCCAUAAUGCAUUUCAAAAGCUACUUCA